AUGGCCGCCUCCCCGACGUUAGACGUGUGUGUGAAAACUGCGGACGGAGAAAUGAAUUCUGCAAUGGAAAGGGACGAGUGUUCGGCCACUGAGAAUGGAGGGGAACCUGAAAACAAAGACGUACCCAAACCUGAACCAGAAACGGAGGACAUUUUUAAGAAACCGACUAUUUUCGUUGCACCUUCCCUCACCAGCAAACGCAGCAGUGUGGCUGCUCCGUCCAAACCAACAGCAGCCGAAACAAAAACUCUGACAAAAAAUAACAAAGCUGAAGUUGGUGAUGCUACUAAAGACGAUUCUUCGGGUCCUGUAAAUGAAAGCAAAACCACCGAAAAGGGCCAGGAAGAGGACAAAAAAGACGCUAAAGACAAGAAUGAGGCUCCUGUCAGAACCAAGCCAGAAGCUAAACCCAGAGUGCUUACUCCUAAAGGGCCUCCGUCCGGUAAAUUCCCUCCUAUCCCAUAUACAGAGCCGCACUGGGGUGGCAAGUCUCCGGAUAUCCCCUAUGCGUUGGAAAUCCUUAAAAACGGCACCAUAGUGGACACGGUGCCCCUCACACAGAGAAGUUACUUCGUGGUUGGACGUUUACCUGUGUGUGACGUCUCUUUGGAGCACCCCUCCAUCUCCAGGUAUCAUGCAGUGAUCCAGUACCGCAGGGAGGCUGGAGAGGGGGAGUCUGUCGGAGAGGAGGCGGGCUUUUACAUCCAUGACCUGGGCAGCACACACGGCACUGUGGUGAACAAGAAUAAGAUUCCCCCGAAGACCUACAUCAGAAUACGCGUGGGGCAUGUCCUAAAGUUUGGUGGGAGCACGAGGCUGUUUAUCCUUCAGGGUCCAGAGUAUGAUGAGGAAGCAGAGUCUGACCUAACAAUGACUGAGCUGAGGCAGCGAGCCCAAAAACAGAAGGCAGAGCUGGAGAGGAGGAUGAUGGGAGACGGCUCUGAUGAUGAGGAGGAGGAGAAGGAGGAAGGCCAAGACGACGAAGGCAACAAGGGCCACAGCAAACUGUCAAAUGAAGACUCAGGAUGUUCAUGGGGAAUGGCUGAGGAGGCUGUUCAAGAGGAAGACGAGAACGAGGAAAACCCCUUUUCAACAGAGUUCCACGAGGACCAGGAGGCUGCCUACCUGAAAGACCCAAAGAAGGCUUUGCAGGGCUUCUACGACAGAGAAGGAGAGGAGCUGGAGUUUGAGUAUGAAGACAAAAGCCACGGCAGCUGGCUCUGCAGAAUAAAGCUUCCUGUGGACGAUGCCAUGGGCCGGCAGCUGGUUGCCGAGGUGACCCACACAGGGAAGAAGAAAGAAGCAGCCGUCCAGUGCUGCCUGGAAGCUUGUCGAAUGCUGGAAGCCAGAGGGUUGCUGCGACAGGAAGCAGUGUCCCGUAAGCGCAAGAAGAAGAACUGGGAGGAUGAGGACUACUACGACAGUGAUGAUGACACCUUCCUGGAUCGAACCGGCACUGUGGAGAAGAAGAGGCAGGAGAGAAUGAAAAAGGCAGGAAAGAUUGAGGAGCGGCCUGAGACCUAUGAAUCAUUGGUGGCCAAACUGUCAGAGGUGGAGAAGGAGCUGGCAGAGACUCAGAAAAAGCUCAGUGCUGAUAGGGGAGGCUCCUCCAGCUCCUCCACUGAGGACUCGCUGGAUGCCUUCAUGACCGCAGUGCGGAGCGAGGCAGCGAUAGACGCCGUGGAGCGCAGGAAGCUCCACGUGCAUGCAGCCGACUUGCGCAAAGAUGCUCAGAGGCUCCGCAAACUGGUUGAACUCACACGGCCCGCCCAGAUGCCUUCACUGCUGCCGAGUGGCAACUCGGAGCCAGAGAAGCCUAAAAAGAGCUUGCCGCUGUUUGGAGCCAUGAAGGGAGGAAGCAAAUUCAAACUGAAGACUGGUACCAUUGGGAGGUUGCCACCUAAGCGCCCCAACUUGCCCGCAGAGCUCUUCAACAUGAAAGCGCUUUCGCCUGCUGUGGAAGAGGAGGAAGAGGAAGAGGAGAGUGAGGAUAAUGGUGCUGAAGAGCGUGCGACUGUUCCAGACAUUAAUGUUGACUCUGAAGUGUUCAGCGCAUCCACGUCUCAAGAGAGCACUUCCUCAGGACAGCGAAGGCAGCAACCUGCGCAGUCUCAAAAGCCAAAAGAGCAAAGCUGCAAGCAGAGGAGAGACGAGGAGCCUGCUGAAGCAGCGGAUCAGCUUCCUCAGCGCAGCGGCAACAGCAAGGCUGUGGGCCCAUCCAGUCCAGAGUCCAAAGCUGAAGGAAGCAGAGAGCCAGCAGCAGAGCUCGGCCCCAGAAAGAAUGUGAAGAAGAAAGUGAUGGGCCCCAGCAGGCCACCAGUGCAGCUUUCAGGACAGUAUCCAGAGGACGACCCCGAUUAUUGUGUCUGGAUGCCUCCUGCAGGUCAGACUGGAGAUGGCCGCACAAGCCUUAACGACAAGUACGGCUACUGAGUUCUUGCGUCUCCACUCCGCCAGCUUUUACACAGCAGAUAAUACCUGCAACACAAAGCCUCCAGCCUCCUUAGCCCUGGCCAUUAACCCCCUCAUCCAAUCCCAGGUCCCUGUGUGUGGCUCUGCGUAGGGGAGCCUGAUAAAAUGGGAGCCUGUAGCAGACCAGGCGGAGAUAAUGAUGCUGCACCUUUUAUUUAUCUUUUGGGGAUAUUUGCAUUCUCAGACCGCCAUAAACAAAAAGCACACCAUUCCAGUUAAACUGGCAAGCUUGGGAAAUUGCCCCCCUCAGAGCAGACACUGGGCAGUCAGCCCGCUGGCACUUUUCACCACGGGAAAAUAAUAGAGAUGGGUAGCACUUGAAUUUUGUCCUUUCAUUUGAAUUCUAUAUCAUCCAAGCAGAAAAAGGAAAGGGACAGAGCAGGAGCGGUAACUGAUCUGAAUUCAGCUUUCUGGCCUUGGCUGCUCCUCUUGCAGUUACAUCCACCUGACAUCCAAUCUGUAUCUCUUCCCUAUUUGGCUUCAGUCGAUCGCUGGCAUAACCUUUUUUUUUUCCAAAGGAGAGUGUGUAGCAAGAAGGGAGAAAGAGGGAGAGCAUUGAAGCAGCUUUUCUGACCAUCUGGACACUUGGAUGGCUUACUGGAUGAAACGCAAGCUGAUAAUGACUCAAGCUAAGUGGUGUGUCUCUGUCUACACUGACACACACACACACACACACACACAGCCCAACCUUCUCAAACUUCUCUUUUUAACAAGAUUGUCUUCAUGAGCGAGUCAGCUAUUGGUGUGUGUUUGCCUCGAGCAGGAUUCCUCACUCUGUGAAAUCCCACUCAGUGCUGUUCUGCUGGUUUACUGCCAUACCUUCCACCCUCUUUCCUGUUGUCUGUUCUCAAAACACAAAGAAAUGUAAACUGUAUUUUGUGAUAUAAAUGUAUAAUAAAAUUGU